AUGGUGAUAGAUCUUGAGAAUGAUACUGAAACUGCAGUCCCACGACUUCACAACCGAUCGGUUCGACAGAUUCCAAUGUCCCCAAUGCCCGGACUCUUGCCUUUGCCAGGAUCGAUGCCGAUUCCAGGACCUCCUCCGUAUUAUCCCACCUAUAUGGGGCAGCAGUACAUGGGACAACAGAUGGCAAGACCCAUUCAACGACCCAUACCCAUGAUGCCUAUGAUGCCCCAGGCUGGUCCGGGUUUCCCCAUGGGAGGUGGUGGUUUGGGUGGGACUAGCAUUAUUGUGGAACCCUUAGUAAUCCUACCCAUGGGCAUUGGGGCACCAACUGGGUUGGGAGGUAAUCCCAAUCAAUAUUACGGAGCAAGUGGUGCUUAUCCCACCUAUAACAACUAUAAUCCCUACAAUACCAACGAUUACAACUCUUAUGGUUAG